UCUAUCUGUUAUCUGUAUACUUUAUGUUUAUUUUAAUUUAACAUGUCUCCAAACAUCUGAAGCGAAGAAAUUUAAAACAACAAGUGUAUGCCCGAUUGGGUUUAAAUUAGCUUCCAAUAAAGACAGCAACCAUUAUGUAUGUUAUAAAAGAAAAGGAUUGGAAACAUUUGCAGAUAUAUUUAAAGACUGCGAUGGAAAUCUUUAUACUUCAAAACUAUAUCGCAGUUUAAACAUAUCUAUAAACGAUGAAGUAGAUACAGUGUGGGCUGAAUACCAACCGCUAUAUCCUGGAGGACCUUUUAUUAGUACUCCACGUAAUAAAUAUGAAGAAGUAAUUCUUGAUAAUGUGACAUAUUUUGCAGAUUUUGAUAUAUAUCGAAAAACAUGUUUAACAGAAAAUAAACUUGGACAUUUCACAGCGGUGGAGUGUGAGGAAAAGCAUUAUAGAUAUUGCAUAGUAAAACCAUAUUCUAAGAUAGCGCAAGAAAAUAAUAAGUCAAGCUGUGAUGAUUUUCAUCAAUCUUGGAGAUUCAAUGGUCCGGAAGAAUUAUGCGUUUUCAAUGUAGAAGUUCAGAAUGGAGAACCUCUUAGAGCGACUUGGAGUCAAGCGCAGGAAUUAUGUGCUAAAUACGGUGGAUCAUUACUCAGCAAAGGAUGGCAAUAUGCAAAUUUUCCUUUUUUUAAUAAAUCAGAUUUAACAAUGCCUAUAUACGCCUUGGGCAUGAUUUGGAAUAACAAUCGAAACACACAUAAAUUUAUUCCUGAUGAUUAUAGUUCAGUUAAUUCAGUUUCGGGCCAAUCGGUAUUCAACAGCAAUGAUACCGUUUUUAUGGCGAUACAAAACGAAACUUGGAAACUUGUCAAUAGUUCUUUCAUUUUUAAUAGUAUAAUCUGUGAACGUUCUGUUCAACUCAACAAUAUAAUUAUGAAGCUCGUUAUCAAAAUAGAUAAAAUAUUAUUAAUUGUUAACAAUUCAGUGGAUAUAAAUAACGUUUACUGUUACACAAACUCUGAAACCUACUAUCCAACAAAAGUAAAUAUUCUCAAUAGAACUAAUAAUAAAGAAUUUAAUAUAUAUGAAUUAUCUCCGAAGUAUUAUGGUUAUUACUGGUGCGUUCACAUCGACCCGAACAAUUUUCAUGUUACCAAAUCGAAGAAAGUACUCUUUGUGGGCGAUAAAAAGUUUUUAUCGAAUCAAUAUGCUAUCAAGAUUCGACUUGAAAAUAAAUACUCCUUUAAAAAUAUUGAGGACAUUAAAAACAACUGGAAAGAAAAGUUGGAAAAAUAUAUUUUCUAUAGAACAAAAUAUUUGAACGCACAUGGCGUUGAAAGUUUAACGAAUACCAACGGAAGCAAAGAUCUUAAAAUUCAUAAAAACUUAGAUUUGGAUCAAAAUUAUAUUCUUUCUAAUAUUAAAAUAAAAAGGAUCUAUAUGGACAAACGGACAGUUCUUUUUCACGUACAAAUCCGGGAAGAUAUGAUACCUGCGGAGUCGGCUAAAAUCGAAGGCGGUGAAAUAUUGUUCAUGAAGCCAGUUUAUUAUUGCAAUAAACAUGAUGUAAAAAUAUCGCUGUCUAUGAAUUAUUUUACGUCUAAAUCGAGAUGUAAUACUUAUAAAUGUGUUGGAAACUUUGACGAAGGUGUAUCAUUAGUGACAGAAGGAACCUCUGACUGUGUUAUACACAGCUCUAUUUUUAAUCCUGAACAUAAAAAUAUUGGACAACUAAAUAAUAAGACAAACAGUACAUUCGGAAGUAAAACAUCAACAUUAACACCCGAAGAUCAACUCGAGCAAGUACUAAAUGAUUUAGAUACGUUAUUACAAGAUGAUGUUUCAACAAUAAUGGUGGAUAAAAUUGAUGAUACUUUUGACAGGGUAGACAAUUUGUUACAAAUCGAUGAAGAUUUACAUAUACCUGGUCAAUUCCUUCAUAUGUUAGAUAACGUUAGCUUAAGGCUGAACUUAAAUGGCAGAGAGACAGAUAGGAUAAUCCGAAACAAUAUUGCAUUAUUGGUAGCUGAUAUUGGGCCUGAUAAUCCGAUUAAGGGAAUAAUGAUUGCGGUCAGAAAUUCGAGCAUGAAUUCAUUCACAGAUGACUCCUUUCAGUUUUUAGUUGAAGAGAUAAACUCAACAAAACUACUUACUAAUACAACCGAGACAAUAGUAUACUUACCGGAAUCGAUCACCAAAUCACAUCGACGUAUCAGCUUUCUCGUAUUCCCGAACGGACGAGCCUUUUACUCAACUGAGAGGAACAACAAAGUUAAUAGCAAUAUCAUUAGUGUUAAUGUUGAGAACAACACCGGUUUUGAAAAUGAAGAGGUGAUAGAUAUUUACCUACGUCCUUUGGUGAAAAAUCCAGGCCGCAACGUGAGACGCGAAUGCAGCUAUUGGCAAUUCACAGAAAAUGACACUGGAUACUGGUCAACAGAGGGUUGCAUUUACAUCAAAUCAACCGACCCAGAUACUUUAGAUAUUUGCCGAUGCAAUCACUUGACGCACUUCGCAGAAGUUCUUGUUUCACAUAAUGUAAAUUCGCACCGUAGCGAGAUAAUUCUGGAAGUAAUAUCUUUAGUAGGAUGCUGUCUAUCAAUAUUGGGUGUAUUCUUUAUUGUACUAACAGCUAUUACAUUCCGAUCAUGGCGAAAAGAAUUUAGCAACUUGAUAUGGCUUCAACUGUGUAUAGCGAUAUUUCUCUUAAAGAUGUGUUUUAUACCCAUAGCUUUUAUUGAUUUUGAGGGCCGUGAUAUUUUGUGCUUACUGGUAGGAAUAACAUUGCAUUAUACAUUAAUAGCCACUUUCUGUUGGAUGCUUGUAGCUGCUAUAUUGUCUUAUAGAAAACUAGUUUUAGUUUUUACAACAGAUCUUAGUCAUAAAUUUUUAAAAGCAUCUGCUUUUGCAUGGGGAACUCCAUUUCUAAUAGUUGUCAUUCUUCUUUCUGUCGAUUGGCAUUCGUACAUGGUAUAUUUUGAAGAUAUAACUUUGAACAGAAAAUUCUGUUAUCCUUCUGGAUACGGAUUAUGGUUUGGCCUAUAUUUUCCUGUUGCAUUUAUGUUACUUGCAAACUGGGCGAUAUUCUUUUCAAUAAUUUACUCUGUAUUUCUUUGCAAAACAGUUCCGAGGUAUGGAAAUACGAAUGAAGCAGUGAGAUUUGCUUUCGUCAGUUGUCUGCUUGUAUUUUUAUUUGGUUUGCCUUGGAUUUUUGGUUUCUUCGCUUACAAUGUUGUCGCCGCAUACUUUUUCGUUUUCACAGCUACCUUUGAAGGGUUCAUGCUGUUUCUUUUUAUUGUUUUGGGAAAUAAACAAACUAGAGAUCUUUGGAUUAAUAAAUUGAAUUUAAAGUGUAAUAGAAAAAUUAGUCUCGCAUCCACAUAUAGAAAUAAAAGUGUAGUUAAGCAAAAAGAAAAAUGGGUUUGCUCAUCUAAAACUAUAUGUUCUAAGGAAGUAUAUAAUUUAGAUCUACCAUAUUAAUAAUUACUCCUAGAUUCAUAUUUAGGCCAUUAUACGUGAGAGUAUGGUUAGUUCAACCAAACAAGGCAAAUGGUCGCAGGGAUCUAAAAGGGACUUUGGUGAUCUCAGUUAUUUUGUAUCUAAAGUCUUUAUCUAUGUCUUGUAUAAUAAGUAGUACCUAUGUAAACGCAGUAGAAAUAGCAUAUACUCGUAUGCGAGCAAUGCACAAGGCUAUUUUACAAUUAGAUACAAUCUAUAAAUACUAAUUACAGGCAUGAAGUAUUUGUGUUAGUAUUUUAGUCCAGGUGUAAAUGGAUAUAUAAUUUAUUCAGCAAAGACAUUUCUGGCAAUCCAACGUGGAAGUGCAGUAAGCUUUAUGGGGACAUUUGGAUCGUGUACGGGACGGGAAGGUAUUUUGGAUUAGCUGUUAAUCUUUUUACUUUAUGAAAUAAUAUUGUCAUUUAUAAUAAUUGCAUUAUUUAAUAUUAAGAUUCACAUGUAUUAUAUUUUAGCAAAGUAUUUCUUUUGUGCUUAUAUUUCAGUAUUUUGAAAAUAUAAUCAUGUAAUUAUGUUUAAAUUUUUUUUUUUAUACCACUUAGAAUGGCAAACAAGCUGACGGCCCACCUGAUGGAAAGUGGUAACCGUCGCCUAUAGACAUGAGCAGUACCAUGGACAUAACAGAGUAUACUGUUUCGCCCAUGAUACCCCCAAUGCGUUGCCAUUCCUGAGGACUCAGAUGUUAUUCCUCUGUACCUUGUAAAUUCACGCCAUAUCCCACCCUUCAAACCGAAACACAGCCAUGCGAACACAA